UAGUAACUAACCAAGCAAUAGCUAACCAAGCAACAACUAACCAAGUAGUAGCUAACCAAGUGGCAACUAACCAAGUAGGAGCUAACCAAGCAGCAAUUAACCAAGUAGCUAACCAAGUAGCAACUAACCAAGUAGUUGCUAACCAAGCAGAAAAUAAUAAAUGA